AGAAAGCGAGAGAAAGGAUUAGAAAUUUCAAACCCAUUUUCUUUCUCUUUGCUUUCUUCAAUUCCUUCACAUUCUUUUCUUUCAUUUUCAACCUUUUUCUCAGAUUUAUCCACCCAUUUUCUUUUCCUUUCAGAAUUCAGCUAAACCUUUUUUCACUCAUAGCUAAUUUUUUUUAAUUAUUCUCCUAAGAUCAAACUUUCUUUACGAGUCUUUACAUUUGAGUCCAAGUCUGGCCCCACCAUCGGCUUGGUGUUUUUUCUUAUGAAUUUCUUGAAGCCAGAAAAUGGCAACUGAACCAGCUUUAACAUUCUCUUUGGCUUCUGUGGUUGAAGAGGUUCUUCAACAGCAUGCUAGUCGUUUAGACGCAAACUCCACAUCCAGAAAAACCGAAGAAACCUCCUUGAGAAGGUAUGAAGCAGCUGGUUGGCUACGGAAAACAGUUGGAGUUGUUCGAGGGAAAGACUUGCCAGCUGAGCCUUCUGAAGGAGACUUCAGGAUUGGAUUGCGUAGUGGGAUUAUCCUAUGUAGUGUUCUUAACAAAAUUCAACCUGGAACAGUGAAGGUAGUUGAAAAACCUAGUGAUUCUGUUAUUAUUCCUGAUGGAGCAACAUCUGCAUAUCAGUACCAAGAAAAUAUAAAGAAUUUUCUUGUGGCUAUGGAGGAAAUGGGGCUUCCUACCUUCGAAGUUUCUGAUUUGGAACAGGGAGGAAACUCUGAGAGGGUAGUGGAUUGUGUUCUAGAGCUAAAGUCUUAUGCCGAACGAAAACUUGGAGGAAGUGCAUCUGGGAAAUAUAGUGGGGUUGCGAAUGCAAAGCCACCUAUCUCUGCGAAACGAAUUACGAGGAAAAACUCAGAACCAUUCAUGAAGACAAUGAGUCCUUUGCCAUCAGGGGAUAGAGAUGGUGGUUAUAUGAGUGAUCCCGGACAAGAUCGAAGCGAAAGGGCUUCUUUUUCCUUAAAUUCACUGGUUCGACAAUAUUUGUCCGACAAAAAUCCAGAAGAAAUUCUCACUGCAGUGGAAUCCUUGCUUAGCAAAGUCAUGGAGGAAUGUGAACAUCACAUGCAAAUUCGAUGUAAAAUGUAUAAAACAACUAGGGAAGAUAAAGCACCGUGUGAAACUGAAUGUUCAAUUUCAGAAGCUGCUUCUAUUAAUGAAACGAUGAAAGAAAAGGAAGAUGAACAUGCUGUACAGGAAGAGCAUGAUCUACAAGAUAAACAUGAUGUAAAAGAUGAACAUGAUGUACGAGAUGAACAUGAUGUAAAAGUUGAGCUUGACAUUCAAGAUGAACACAAGGAACAAAAUAAACGAGAGGACAGUUGUGAAAAGAUGUGCAAUGAACAUGAAAAAUCAAUCGACAAAAAAUCGAUUUCGAAGCAGCAAACUAUAGUUGCCCAACAAAAUAGAAGCAUCCAGGAAUUGAAAAACAUUGUCCAUCAAACAAAACUAGGAAUGCAAUUGAUGCAAAGUGAACACCAGAAGGAGAUCAUUAAUCUAAGCAAGCACCUAUACAGCCUAACCUGUGCUGCUUCGGGAUACCAUAAAGUUCUUGAAGAAAACCGCAAGUUAUAUAAUGUAGUGCAAGAUCUGAAAGGAAAUAUUAGGGUAUACUGUAGAGUCCGACCUUUCUUGGGUGGUCAACCAAGUCAUUAUAGCUCUGUCGGUAACGUGGAAGAUGGAAGCAUCUCAAUCAUAACACCUUCCAAAUACGGUAAAGAGGGAAAGAAGACAUUUAAUUUCAAUAGAGCAUUUGGUCCUUCUGCAACCCAAGGAGAAGUUUUUGCCGACACACAACCUCUUAUUCGUUCUGUUUUGGACGGUUAUAAUGUCUGCAUAUUUGCCUAUGGCCAGACGGGAUCAGGAAAAACAUUCACUAUGUCUGGGCCAGAUGAACUUAACGAUGAGACCAUAGGUGUCAACUAUCGUGCACUGGGAGACCUUUUCUAUCUCUCUGAUCAAAGAAAAGGUACAAUUUCUUAUGAAAUCUCUGUUCAGAUGCUUGAGAUUUACAACGAGCAAGUUAGGGACCUACUUAUGCCCGAUGGCGCUAAUAAAAGGUUAGACAUCCGCAAUAGUUCCCUUAAUGGCAUCAACGUUCCAGAUGCUAACAUUGUUCGGGUUUCAUGCACUUCUGAUGUCAUAAGUUUGAUGAACUUGGGACAUAAGAAUCGUGCUGUUGGUUCUACUGCCAUGAAUGAUCGUAGUAGUCGGUCUCACAGUUGUCUUACGGUUCAUGUUCAAGGAAAGAACUUGACAUCAGGAGGCACAAUUCGUGGUUGCAUGCAUCUGGUUGAUCUGGCAGGAAGUGAGAGGGCUGAUAAAACUGAGGCUACAGGGGAUAGACUCAAGGAGGCUCAACAUAUCAACAAGUCACUUUCUGCAUUGGGAGAUGUAAUUUCUGCCCUUGCCCAAAAGAGUCCACAUGUUCCCUACAGGAAUAGCAAACUUACUCAGCUACUUCAAGAUUCUCUUGGAGGGCAAGCAAAGACUCUCAUGUUUGUUCAUAUAAGUCCGGAACCCGAAGCUCUUGGAGAAACACUUAGCACACUCAAGUUCGCCGAACGAGUCUCCACUGUCGAACUCGGUGCAGCGCGAGUUAAUAAAGACAAUUCAGAUGUGAAAGAGCUUAAAGAACAGAUUGCUAGUUUGAAGGCAGCCUUAGCGAGAAAGGAAGGAGAAGCAGAACAGUUUAAUAAUGGCAAUGAAACACCUAAGCAUAAAUCAUAUGCAUCUUCUCCUCCUAUGCAUCGGCCUUCCAGUGGUGGAUCUCGUAGGCUAUCAAAAGAAGAUUCUAAUGGCCUGGAUGAUCAGAAAAAUGUUGCUUCAACGUUGAAAGGACAAAGCCUAGAUCCCCAUGACAUGGGUGCCAAUUCACCUCAAUGGACAACUGUUCCAAGUGAAAGAAAGGAGGAUGAUAAAGAAUCAAUUUCUGGAGAUUGGGGUGAUAAGAUUUCGAUGAACAGAAAUGACAGCAUAACUAGUGAUGAUAGUGUUGUGGGAGCGUGGGAAGUAGAAAGCAAACAAUCUUCUCCGAGGUUAAGUCUCAAUUUUCUCUCAGAGCCUUCUAAAAUAUCCCUAGACAACUCCUCUCAUAAAAAGGACAACCAAGAGAAUGAAGAUUUACGGAGACCCAGUUUUGAUAUGACUACCACAGAUGAAUCAGAUGAACACGAGAUUGCUACUGUAACUAGUGAUUCUUCUGAGUCAGACUUGCAUUGGCCACCACAAAUACCUAAACCAAUCACCAUUUCCAGUGGAUUAGGCAUUAAAGCAAAGAAAAAAGCAAAUCUCAGAACAAUAAAGAACCCAGACAGCAGGAGUAUGAUCCCAUCAUUCAUUCCUGCGCCCGUGCCUGUGCAUGUGCCUGUGCCUGUGCCUGUGCCUGUUCCCGUCUCAUCAAGGAAACAACAACCAGUUACUCAAGGAAGAAAGCUCCCAGGCUCUUCUGAUGUAAGGAGAAGAUUUGGGAACAGUGCCAAGUGAGAAUAUGUUGUUCUAAGCCUUUUCUCAUUCCUUGCUUCACUGCCUUUGAUGACAUUUUUAUGAGCUAAAUCAUCAUUAAAGAUAUACUUCACAUUCAUUUUCUUCUUCUUUAAAUAUUUAUGGCAUCAAAGUGAUCUUCUAAAGAUUUAAGAAACAUGAAUUGGUUUAUGUUAUUGUCAUCGACUCUGACAGAGAAAUCAUUUGAAUGUUGCAACUCUUUAGCACUGGACCAAAUUGAUGUAGGUGUAUGUCUAGACAAUUGAACUGAUAGUUUAGUAUUUUUUUUUAUCUCCUUUUUGUAUCUGUAAUUUUGUUCAGGAAUUGAGGAGAAGAGCUUCUUUCAUUUUGCAUUCUGGCCAAAACAUCAAAUCAAUUCCUUGAGUUCAUGUAUUUAUUUAGUAUUCAAUGAACUGUUCUCUACAUCAUUCAUUAACUUGUGUAUCCUUGGAUGGAAGUAUAUAAAACUAGACUUGUAUAGUGG